GUUGAAGGUCAUCUGGCACGUACGUUCGUCAAUUCGUUGAAUUUCCUACAAUUUAUCCGUCUAAACCCUCUUUCUAGUAGCCAUCGAAUCAUCAGGUAGCCGUCGAUCCUUAGACUCCACAUCAUGGACCCUUGGACUCCAAGCUCCUGGGCUUCGAAACCCAUCAAGCAAGAUGUCCCUUACAAUGAUGCCAAAGGUGUUCAGUCAGCUCUGGACAAGUUACAGAAAUUGCCUCCUUUGGUCACCACGCAAGAGAUCACCAACUUGAAGAAAAGCUUGAAAAAUGUGGCAUUGGGCAAGGCGUUCGUACUCCAAGGAGGAGAUUGUGCGGAGCUGUUUGACUACUGUAAUCAAGAUAUGAUCGAGGCUAAAGUUAAGCUGCUCUUGCAGAUGAGCUUAGUCUUGAUUUGGGGUGCCAAUAAGCCAGUCGUCCGUAUUGCACGGAUAGCAGGGCAAUUUGCCAAGCCGCGGUCGAGUCCCAUGGAAGUUGUCAACGGCGUUGAGAUGCCCUCAUUCCGUGGUGACAACAUCAAUGGCUUCGAGGCCACUCUGGAGUCCCGCACCCCAGACCCAUCACGGCUGGUCUCCGCAUACUUCCAUUCCGCCGCCACACUCAACUACAUGCGCGCAUCACUAACCUCUGGUCUGGCUGAUCUGCACUCCCCAUUGGACUGGGGACUUGGUCAUGUUAUCACACCGACUAUCAAGGAGAAAUACGAGCGCAUCGUCAACAGGGUCAAGGAUGCCCUGCGGUUCAUGCAGACUGUAGGGAUCGACACCGACCGCGGUGUAGAAACCGUCGACAUCUACACAAGUCACGAAGGUCUUCUACUUGAAUACGAGCAGAGUCUAACCCGCCUUUUGAAAAACCCAGCCACUGAAACCACCCACCCUGCACAAGCCCCCGGGGCAACCACAGCCCCUGCACCCCUGCAAAGCUACUUCGCUACAUCCGCUCAUUUCCUCUGGAUCGGAGACCGCACCCGUCAACUUGACGGUGCACAUAUCGAGUUCUUCCGCGGCAUCGCCAACCCGAUCGGCAUCAAGAUUGGCCCCAGCAUGACCCCGGACGAACUCGUGCGCAUCCUCGACGUCGUGAACCCCACUCGCGAGAUCGGCAAAGUUACUCUUAUCUCCCGCUAUGGUGCACAGAAGAUCGGCCAGCAUCUUCCCGGCCACAUCGCCGCCGUCCAGGCCUCCGGUCACCUGCCCGUCUGGCAGUGCGAUCCCAUGCACGGCAACACUCAAUCCACGCCCUCCGGCGUCAAGACUCGUCAUUUCACCGACAUUCUCUCUGAGCUGCAUCAAGCUUUGGAAAUCCACAAGGCAGCUGGCUCGUUCCUUGGUGGCAUGCAUCUUGAGCUGACCGGUGAGGCGGUCACGGAAUGCGUUGGUGGUGCUGGCGGUUUGACAGAGGAGAACUUGAGUGAGCGGUACACGACAUUCUGUGAUCCCCGAUUGAACGAGAAGCAGGCAUUAGAGUUGGCAUUCUUAGUGGCUGGAUUCUACCGCGAGAUGGACGAAGAGACGAAUUCGAUCUAACGAGGAAUAUGGAUGAUAUAUCUCGGGUUUCUUUUUACCAACUUAUCUUUCCUCCAAAUACUUUGGAGUACAAAAGUAUGAAAGCAUAUGACAUAAUGACCAGAAAUACAAAAGUGUGUCAUACAAAUGGACUCAAUAAAUACUCACAGUAGUUAACCCAACACUAUCUGAACAUGAUCAAAUAUCAAGACUCAUCAAAUCCCGCAAACCAGCUCCGAACCCACAGCGUCCCUGGCAACAUUGUCCAGAAAAUUGAGGAAAGCCUAAGACAUCAGACACUUGAAAUCACCGAUUAUUCAUGUUUGUGUUUUUGGGAGGUUGUGGGUUGAACUUGCGGUUUGAGGAUGGUAGGUAGGUUUGGAAGAUAUAGGGUUAGGCUAGGAGGCUAUUUAUAUGGGGUUGGUUUUAGGUGCACAUUAAAAGGCUGGGCUAUAGAGUAGUGUCGUGCUGUAUUGCUGCGUUCAGUGUAGCAUUGUACUGUUCUGUACUGGGUUCUUGUUGUGAUAGUUGUGCGCACAUAAUGUUGGCACUACAGGUACUGCAUGGCCCGGGAUAUAAUGGACCGUAAUGACGGC